AUGUCUUUCCUUCAUAAUCAUUCUUGCGAGUGCGUUAAGUCAGAAUUGGAUUUGUUUGCACUACCGUCUACACAAACUAGCAUUGAAAAUGGAUUGUGGAUUCAUUAUAAACCAAUUUCAUCUCUUGGUGAUGAUGGACCUAUCGAGUUUCAAGUUCCUGGGACCGGCGAUGACUACAUAGAUUUGUCUCAUACAUUACUCCACAUAAAGGCAAAAGUAUUAAAUCAAGAUUCAACUAACUUGGUAUCUACUACAAUAGUAGCACCUGUAAAUAAUUGGCUGCAUUCACUUUUUAGUCAACUUGAUGUUUAUUUAAACCAAAAACUUGUAUCACCACCUAAUAAUACCUAUGCAUAUCGAGCAUACAUGGAAACCCUUUUAAACUAUGCCCCUGCUGCUAAACAAUCUCAUCUUACUUGUAGUCUUUGGUAUGAGGAUACAGCAGGAAAAAUGGAUUCUACAGAUGGUAAAAACAUAGGAUUUGUUAAAAGACAGGAAUUGAUUAGUGAAAGUAAGGAAAUAGAAAUGAUUGGUCAUCUUCACGGUGACAUUUUUAACCAAGAUAAAUUUUUAAUUAAUGGUGUUGAAAUGAGUGUUAAAUUGGUUCGAUCAAGAGAGAGUUUUAAUUUAAUUGUUGGGUCGAACGAUGUAAAGUUUAAAGUUUGCAUUACGGACGCAACUCUUAUUGUGCGACGAGCACGAAUUAAUCCAAGUGUAUUACUCGCAGAUCAAAAAGUUUUAGCUUCUACCACUGCUAAAUAUCCUAUUACUCGAGCUGAAGUAAAAGUUUUAACAAUUCCUUCAGGUGUUCAAGGAAAAACUCUUGAUAAUAUAUUUUUAGGACAGGUACCGAAAAGAUGUAUAAUUGGAUUUGUGAACAAUUCUGCAUUUAAUGGUUCCCUUACUAAAAAUCCAUUUAACUUUGAAAACUAUGGUAUUAAUUCUUUCAGCUUAUAUAUUGAUGGUCAACAAAUACCUUCAAAAGCUUUGCAACCAUCUUUUAAUAAUAGCAUAUUUACAUCAGCAUAUCAUACUCUAUUCUCAGGAACUGGUAUUCACUUUCUUAAUGAAGGAAAUGGAAUCUCUUGUGAACAGUAUGGCAAAGGUUACUGUCUAUUAGCAUUUGACUUAACUCCUGAUUUAUCAGCUAACUCAUCAACUCAUUGGAAUCUCAUAAAGCAUGGUAGUGUAAGAAUAGAAGUACGAUUUGAAUCCUCAUUAAUACAAACAAUUAACUGUAUAGUUUAUGCUGAGUUUGAUAAUAUUAUUGAGAUAGAUAAAAACAGAAAUGUUACUGUAGACUAUAGUAGUUAA